AUGUCUGCUGCGAAGUUUGAGUGUGCUUCCUACAAGCAUUUCGAGCAGCCAGACUUUCAUCCUCAGAGGCCAAUCAUCAUCGGUGAGGAAGGCCUCGACUCACCCGAGACGGUGACUCUCAAGUACGAAGAGGCGGUUGCGAGGGCAAACGGAGACCUUCGGGGUGAUUCCCCGUCAGGUGGUCUCCUCCCCAUGUCCCAUUACGGGAAGCACCAGCCGGGCCCAAUCCACGGGUAUGAUUCGACCCGCGGGUAUCAGGAUGCCGCCUAUCAACAGUAUGGCGCGCCGACCUAUCCCGCUCAGCAUGGCGGCGCAGCUCAACUCACCGCUGCUCAGCUGAACCAGGAGGCUUUCGCGGCCAAUAGUGCGGUUGGGCCGUACAUGUCUGUUGGCAAUGUUGGCUUGUCAGUGGUAUCGUGUCAACCAAGCUCUGGCAUCGUGGGCACAAAAGUCCUGGUAAAAGUGUCAUCGGCAUAUGAUCUCCUCACGAUGGCACCGUUCUUCUUCCUCAUUUUCGGAGCAAACAAGGUUCCAGCAGAGCCCAUUAAAGACCCUCAGGACAGCAACGGCAUGUUGACUGUCUCGGCGGAUGCACCGCCAUUCGAGGUCACCAGCUGCCCCAACGAGAACGUGCCAGUGUCGCUGCUGAUUGAGACGGAGAAUGGAGAAGAAGUCUCGAGGAUGGCGGCGGGCCAGUUUGUAUAUCACGGAGCACCUUUGGGAGGCCCAGGUGCUAGCUCGGACGACAUCACGAGGAAGGUAUCCAAGUCACCUGAGCAACAACAUCAGUCCCCCAGGUCAGCAAGCACUCACCUGGGCAAUGAGACCAGUACAAAUACCUACGACUUCGCAACUGCUCCGCAGCAACCGACACAAACCCCAUAUGGAAGUAACUUUUCGCAAGAUAAUAACAACAUGCUAAGCGCUUACCGAACCAAUUCCUUUACGGACCAGCAUUAUCCACGUGCUGUGCCGCCGCCGUUGCGACCACCGAUGGCAGGCUGGCAGACGUACGGUGGUAGAAAUCCCGGCCCGCCCAUUACACAUACGCAGAUAUCACGCCCAAGCUUGACCUCUCUGCCGAUGCCGACGGCCUCCACUCCCCAGCUUGUACGCACGAGCUCGAUUCCCAGCUCCCCAGGAGGGGGCCAGGGUUCGGGAUAUAGCCAAUGGGGCUCUUAUUCCAACAAGGCCGUCUUGAAGAUCAUGGGAAAACUUGAUAGCAUGGCUGUGGACUGGUCACCCGAGGAGUGGUCUAACCGGAGACGCAUCGUCAUGUUCAACAAGAAGCAAUCUGGUUCCACACUUACAGCAUCAUUCCGAGCGGUCAAUGUCAACGAACGGCCGCCUAAUAGCAUUUGCAUCAGCUGCAUCUGGUGGGCGGAAAAGAACGAGUGCUACGUCACGUCGGUAGAUACCAUCUAUCUCCUCGAACAGUUGGUUGUUGCUCCAGCUAGAUUUACCGUCGAGGAGAAGAACCGCAUCCGACGCAACCUGGAAGGCUUCCGGCCCUUGACAGUGAGCAAGGCCAAGGCAGACUCGGAAGAAUUUUUCAAGAUCAUCAUGGCUUUCCCGAACCCCAAACCAAGAAACAUUGAGAAAGACGUCAAGGUGUUCCCGUGGAAGAUCUUGGAAUCAGCCCUGAAGAAGAUCAUUGGAAAAUACAGCGCCAGCCCUUCGUCUACACUUCCGGCUACUCACUUACUGACUCCUACGCCUGUCAGCGCAUACCCCCCUCUGCCGACGCCUCCUGCCCCUACGGUGGCUUCAGAUCAUGUCAGCGCCUACGGCGUCCCACCCCAGGUGCACCAGGAUGCAUUGACUUCUCCGCGGUCUAUUUCGGGCAGCACACACAGCUGGCCUGCGUACUCAACAGGCCCCCCGCGAACUCUCUCGCCUGCGCUUACAGCAGUGUCCCCACGACAAUCUGGGCUCCGUCUGGCCGCACCACUUCCAGCUGUGACAGGAUAUGAUAGUCGAUCGAUGACGACAGGUUCAUAUGGCAGCGGCCUGCAAACACCGAUUGGAAACCAACAUACACCUCCACCAGCGCCCGGACGAUGGGACCCUACCAUCCCAGCGAUGCAUGCUCCUUCAACAUAUGCCGAGCAGUAUCAGUCCAUGACUGCGCACCACGCCCCCAGCCAUCAAGUCUACGGUGGUGGCGGUUAUGGGGACGGGGCGCAGCGGGCCUGA